AGCUUUUGUAUAUAACGAAUUAAAUUCAACAGAAAAAUAAAAAAAACAGCUGUUUCCCUAUUUUUACGGACAGUUUUAAGGAUUAUUUAGAAGUUUCUACCGAGUUAUAACAAGUUCACUUGCAGGAGAAAAUGUCGCGGUACGUGAAAGCCUCGACCGGUCUAACUGGCUUGGCAGUGGCCGUCAAUCCCCAUCACACUUUAAAUGCUUUAUAUGGGAAAAUUUUAAGAGCUGUAGCCAAAAUGCCUGACGAUGCAGCGUAUCGUAAAUAUACUGAGCAAAUAAUUAAGGAAAGAGUAAAGGCCGUCGAAGGUAAUAAAGACGUAAUCGCAUUAGAAAAAGUCAUUGGUUGCGGCCAGGUUGAAGAGCUAAUUGUACAAGCUGAAAACGAAUUGGUUUUGGCUCGUAAAAUGCUGGGCUGGAAACCUUGGGAAAAGUUGAUACAGAAAGCCCCACCUAAGCAAUGGGAUUGGCCACCAGCUCAAAUUCAAGAGCCCAAGAUUUAAAUUAAGUGUAACCAUGAAAAAUGAAUCAAUAAAUUAUUAUGAACUAAAAAAAAGAA